CUUCGCCACUCAAAACCCACUCCAGAGCUUAGAUCCACACCACUUCCAUGGAGGAAGGUGGAGGUAUGGUCCGGCCGGACGGCCAUUCUUCUCCGAUGGAAGCAGCUUCCCAUGCAGUGGCAGCAGCCGCUGCUUCUCUGGACCUGUCUCUAACACUGCCCCCCGUGCGACCACCACCACCACCUUCCUCCCCUUCUUGGGCUGCAGCACAUGUUGUUCUUCCUUCUUCUACAGGCGCUGGGGGCGACGACCAUGGCCAUGGUCGUGGGAGGCUCUUCUCGUGCCUCUUCUGCGAGAAGACCUUCCUCAAGUCCCAGGCGCUGGGCGGCCACCAGAAUGCGCACAAGAAGGAGAGGGCCGCCGGCAGCUGGAACGCCCACCUCUACCUUCCCGCUGCGGGGGCAGCCACCCACCACAACCAGCGGGCCGCCGCAACGCCCAUCCUGCCGGCGACCUGGCCGCCCGCGCGUACGCCUACUAGUACGCUUGACGACCACCACCACCAGCAGCAGCUUGAUCUUAGCCUCAAGCUCUAGCUAGCUAGCGUUCUCUAGUGUCAACGCACAUAUACGUGCGUUUUGCUUCUCCUCAUAACAACUACCUAGUGCGUGCGUGUGUGCACUCAAGUAUCUGUGGAAGCAACAUCUGUUGAUCAUUGUUA